UUUUCAAUUUGAUCACGAUUUAGUAUUGGAUAAAGAAGAAGACAUGAAGAAUCACAUUGAAGAGCCAAGCACUGCACCAGAUCCUAACCGUUGGUACAACAUUACAUUAGGACCAUCACUACUCAGCAACAAUGACUCAGUCUCUCCCAAGUUCUGCACUUUACGAUAUGAGUUUAAACCGGCAUCAAUUGAUUAUACCAAACCAGGAUCGUUACAUAAGAGUAAAGACAAUAAGGUUACGUUAGAGUUUCAAAACAAUCAACACAAAGUUAGAUUUGAUGGUGUUAGUGAGCAUUACAAUGACAGAGAUAAAGAUGCAAUUUUCUUGUUUGAUGGCGAAAAUUUUCGAUUGGAGAAGCUUCACAGAGCUGUUAAGCGUUUGAAAUACUUGCGUGUUCCUGAUGAAUCCUCUGUUGGUGGUAGUAGAGUAGUUACAGAGGUUGGUCAUCCAGUUGCAGAUACGGUUAAAUCGGUUAAUAUGACACAUAUUGACAUUAACAAUCCUGUUAGCUUAGAACAAGAAAACGAAGAUGAUCCAUGUUCAUUUGCUACUAAUCGUGCUGUCGAUGAACUCGAGGAGGAUGUGAACAUUGAUGAUGAAGAAACAGCAAGGGAUUUUCAAACUGGUGGACUUGAUAUAGACAUUAACCUUCCGCAUCCUACUGAAAUGGAGGAUGAUGAGAUUGCUGUUGUAGACAUUAAUGAUGAUGAAUCCUACAAAGGACUUAACGCAGCAGAAGCACUCAGAGCGCAAGUAAAUGCAGAAGCGAGAGAGGAGUCUCGAAAGAGUUCAAGUUCAGGCAGUGGUAGAGAUAGUGAGAGCAGUGAAAGUGGAGUUGAGAGUAGUGUUAGUGGAAGUAGUAGUAGUAGCAGUGAAAGCAGAAACAGUGGUAAUGAAGAUGGAACCGCUAGCGAGAGCUAGUCUCUGGAUCAGAUAUGUAUGUAUUUUCUAGUAUAUGUCGUUUUGAUGUUAAGUCUUCUUGUAAACAAGAUAUGGAAAUACAGAGAUAUAGCAAAACA